AUGUACAAGGUCGUAAAACCUUUCCAAGCAGCAGGAUUUUACUGUUCAAACUUGACAACAAAGUAUAGCCAGUCAUCCUAUUGCCUUCAAGAACUGUUUGCGAAUCCUCAAAUCCACAACCUUUUACGUUUGAUUACUUGCAUAGAUUCAAACACAGUUCACCAACGACGCUAUAGAAGAGCUGGGAAGGAAAGUAUUAAACUUCUUAAUGAUGCCGAACUAAAUAUAGUCAAAAAAUAUACUGCCGCUUUUACGGAACAAAAGUUGCAGAUGCCACCUGUUUUAAACCCAAGAACCUCUGUAAACAGCCAAAUCAUUUCUCGAGAUAGCGGUCUUCAAGGGAUUAUUCCGGGAAAUAUUAAACUAGUUUUUACAGAUACCACACUAAAGCGUGACAGAAAGAACCGUCUCAUAGUAGUUAGAGAGUCAAAUGGUAACUUAAGACACGCAGACCUUUCUGAACGUGAUCGUAUUAACCAAGUUUACUUUCCUUUGUCUGGUCGGAAGUUGUUUAUUCCCAUGAUGUUUGAAGACGAGCAGUUAGAUGCACUUUUGGACCAAGGCUCAUUUUUGUAUAUUUUGGACAGAACAUGUGUUCAGUUCGAACCAGAUGACCCACAUUUUAGUCGAAUAUGCCAUCGUGUUUAUGAACGUGUGAACCAUUUAGCUUGGACUCCAUUUGAAAACGCUGAAUCGAUAACCAACGGUCUAACCAACCCAUUGCUUCUACUACGACACACACGCUAUUACGGUCCCUUAGCUUUAUAUAUGAUUGCUCAAUUAGGUUCUCCUGGGCCACUUGUUUAUGAGACUCUUGCACAUCAACAUUACAAUCGCUUAGGUUGGGUACUUCGUUUAGUUUGUCUUCUUAGACCCUCUAGUCCUUUUGCUGUUCAUACAAAGUCAAAUGUCGAUUUAAUACCUCCGCCGAUACAAACUGUUUUAGACUACACAAAGGAUUUGUCCCAACAAAAUAUGAGUCCAUCCGAGAUUAGCAAGUUGCUGGAUUAUGUUGAACUUUUCAUCAAUCUGGAACCUUUAAGCAAAGACAAACAAGUCAUACUCAAUGAUUAUCUUCAACGAGCUCGAGAAGGUAUCAAAAUGAACAUAGAAACAAUGGAUAAUGCUUAG